CCUUAACGCACUUUUGGCCCCUGACUCAUUUUUGUCCUUUGACUCACUUUCCAUUUUUGACUCACUUUUGUUAUAUGACUCACUUUUGUUAUUUGACUCACUUUGUUAUUUGACUAACUUCCAUUUGUUGAUUCACUUUCAUCCUUUGAUGACACACUUUCAUUCAUUGACUCACUUUCCUUCUUCAACUCACUUUAUUUCUUCAACUCAUUCUUGUUCUUUGACUCACUUUUCUCCAUUAGUUCACUUUUGUCCUUUGACACACUUUCCUCCGUUGCCUCAUAUUUGUUCAUUAACUCACUUUCGUUCCUUGACUCACUUCUGUCCUUGGACUCACAUUCGCUCUUUAACUCACAGUUGUUUUUUGACCCACUUCUGUUAUAUGAUUCAAUUUUGUUCUAAGAUUCACAUUCAUUAUACAACUCACUUUUGUUCUUUUACUUAUGUUUUUCACUCACAGAAUAUUGCUACAGAAAUGAAUCAAUGUCCUGCUGAUAAUUUUUACAUGUAUGGAAGACAAAAUAUCUGCAGUUCAAUUUUCUUGAACCCCCUCAGGGCCCUCACACCUCAAGUUGUCCCCAAGGCUUGAAACAGUAAAGGUAGACUUCACUACACUCCUCUAGUGGUGCCCCUGACUGGUCCAUUACCAAGAAUUUGAGCCUAGUUCCUGGCUAGUCCUUUAUCCCACUAUUUAACCCUGAUGCAUAAAAAUCUCACACACAUCCUAAGUUUGUAAGGACAAGUUCCACAUCUGAGUUUGUAAGGACAAGACAUCAUUACCACCUAUCAGACCAUCACAUGCCCAAUCCUUAACCAUGCAGUCCCUAUCUGUUAUACUUCACCUUUUUAACUUUCAGUGUUUCCUCUUUUUGUGGGGACAGUGGCCUUCCUGGCUGCCCACCCUGGGCCACAAUAAACAUUAAUGGCAACCAUCUCGCAGGCCACCUCCUGUCUGGAGGGCCGAGGAACCACAUGAGACAGGCUCACAAGACCAUCACUCACAUGCCACUGGAAACUUGCACCAGUAUUAUCAUGCAGUGCUCUGAUGCUGCAUUACUUGUGAUAGCUGCAGCUCUCAUAAUUAGGGUUAUGACCUUGGCUAUGAAUUGACCAAGACACUGCUGUCUGGAUGUGACAGGUCUUGGAAGUUAUCAUCAGAGCAAUUUCUAUUUUUAUUUUCGAGCGUACCAGGAUACCUUAUUUUUGUAAUUAGGUCAUUCCUAAAUCUCAAUUUUCAGUGAUGGAAAACCUUCAUUAUACAUGAUUAUAAAUAAUUUUUAUUCAAAACGCCCUCAAUUCAUUAUUUUUUUAAAUGCAAUUUUUGAUGUACAAAUGCCAGGGAAAAUCACAAUCUGACUUGCUGAAAAAUGAUUCAAUAAAAUUUCUUUUCAGCUGCUCCACUCCAACUAAUCCUAAGCUCCACAUAAAAAAGAAAUUACGGUUUGUUUUGAUACCGGUACUUUUAUAAUUGUUAUUAAAAUAGGGUAUAACAUAAGUUUGGUAACAUUAGAGGCCAGAGUCAUCAGAAGUAAUGAAUAUUAUUUUUGCUCCAACAGGCUGCUGGUUAAAUUUAUUUUACAAAGCAUGGCUGGUGUAGGAGCUCAAGCUACUCAGCUUGACUUCCAUCAAGCCAUGCAAGACUUUCGUUUCAUGUUCCCUGAGAUGGAUGCCAGUGUGAUUGAGGCAGUGCUGAGGUCAAACCAUGGAGCGGUGCAUGCGACCAUCGACCAGCUGCUCACCAUGUCCACAGACAUCGAGGCAGACCUCAUGAGAGAGGACAGGCUUCCUCCUGCCUUGUUGCUGCAGCAGUCAGUGCCUGAUGUUGUUCCUACAACUCUACACAGCUUUGUGCAAAGGCGUGACUCGUGUGAAGAUCUCUUGACAUGGGAUGGCAGAGGAGAACACGCAAAUGCCACCUGCCACACCUCCCCAGCAAUUAUGAUCGGGGAACAGCCGCCCUCCUACUCACUCUUCGCCAGCCCGCCGCCAUCCUACCACCAGGCCGUCAUGCCACCUCUCUCCAGCGAAGCACCGACCUCGCCGCCAUCCUUGCCACGCUCGCUGACACCGCUGCGGCGCUCACGUCACUGGCGGCCUCCGCUGCUGCUGCCUCUGCCACCAGACUUCCUGCGUCUUCCUCCCGCGCGCUCUCAGGGCAUGGGCGUGUUAUCACCGCAGCAUCUGACGCAGCGGCUGAGCGAAAACGCACAGGCGCGUGAGGCGGUGGGAGGGAGCGACGCUGAGCUCGCGCAGUACCUCGCAGACGAGCGGGUUGCCCUCUUCCUGCAGAACGACGAAUUCAUGCACGAGCUGCGGGCCAACAGGGACUUCAUGGCAGCUCUGCAGCGCGAAUACGAAGAGCGCGUGGACGCUAGCGGGUGCUGGGAGGAAGGGCGCCGCGAGGCGGCGGGUGGCGGGGGAGAGCGGCGGGAGGCGGGAGCGAGCAAGGGCGGCUGGAAUAAACUCGGACAUGUGGACGACGCAACACUGAGGGCGCGCAUCGCUACCAUGGGCAAAGCCUCGCGUAAGAAGUUCGCGCAAAUUGCGCGUGUGUUCAGCCGGAGCGGCAAGCGCUGUAGCGGCAGCCCAGGCGGCGGGAGCGGUGGCGUGUCAGCGGCGGGUGUCAGGCUCGGUGGUGGGGAUGGCAGCGUAUUACAGGCGGCAGUGGCAAGAGAAGGUGGCGGCACUGCCACCGACCACCUGUUGGAGGCCGCGCAUCCUCUCAUCGACGAGGAGGACGAAGAAGAAGAGAAAAUCUUAGACGACAUCGUCAUCGGCAGCGUGGACGUGGCGGACCUCAAAGAGGAGCUCGCGCCGAUGAGCUUGCCACAGCUGUCAAGUUCACCCCGACGAGCCCGAUGAACAUCUUACAGACGUUCUUUAAUUCCGAUUGAUAUGUGAACAACCGUGUGGUCUCGAGGGAAUCUAAUUAAACAUUUGCAUAUGUCAGAGAAUGAAACUAUUUCAAAAGCUGGAGGCUUGUCUUAAUUGUGCAAACGUCCUGAUUGAGCCGAACGUCAACGUCAUCAUGCCGCCUCUUCACACACACACACACACACACACGCGCGAUGCUGGAUGUCCCCCAUUGGAUAACGAGGCAUGUUGUUGUUGUUGUUGUAAUUGCUCAUCCUGGUAGUGGCGACUAGGGAGGGGGCGUGAUAGGCCAGUUUCGGGUGCUACUGGCCUAUUGACACUUGGUGCUACUGGUAGUUCUACGACCAUCACUGGCUCGCUGACCCGCCAGAACCAUUU